UUAUGACCAGCUAUAGCAGGUCACGUCCUAGAUAUGAACACUUUCAACAAGUUCGUUACCUUAUAUAGAAAAAAAUAGUUACCUAAAUAUGAACAAAACGAAAAAGUAAAAGUAGAUUACACAAAUGAUCCAUGUGGUUUGGGAAAAUUUAUAUUUUUGGUCCAUAACUUAUUUUUUUUAACUCAAAUGGUCCCUACUGUUUAUUUUUGUUGCACGUUUGGUCCCUGUCUUACCUAAAAAGACUAUUGUGCAUUUAUUAAUUUAUUUUUUAAUUAGUUUUCUUAUUUAUAUAUUUAUUUUUUAUAUAUUUUAAAAAAUUAAUAGACCCUAAAUAUCUGUAUCUCCUCACCGUACACCUGAAACCACAUUUGAGAAAUUUAAUUUGAGUCUCACCGGUCACCAUCCCAUCUCUCAUCCUCCGCAAAUUAUAUUUAUUUUCUAUCUUUAGUGACAUCGACGUCUUCACCAUCCUUCUAUUUUUGGCCCUUAAACUCUGGCAAACCAACAUCAUAACUCACUGUCACUUCAAAAGAAAUAGAAAAAGAAAGUAAAUAGAGCUGAACAGUUUUGGUUGCAUUCAUAUUUUUUUAUAUUGAUUUUUGGCAUAGGUUAUUUAUGUUAAAGGACAUCAGAGGUUUCAACCCAAUUCGAGUAAUAACAACGGGGUUUAGUGUGAAAAAUAUUUAACCAAAAAAGUUUCAUGUCAUCAUAUAUUGACCGAAUAAAGUCAUUACGUAGAGGGCCUCAUUUCGAGACAUUGCGUUGUGUUUUUUUUUUGACCACGAGACGAAUUAGCCUCCACAGUUGACAGUCCACUCCUCCAGGUGGAUCGGCAGGAACACUGUUCCGGCGACGGUUUAAUAACCGUUCGUACAUUUGAAAUCCUCGAGUAUGAAUUACCUUCACUCUCCUAUGAAAACCCUUGAACCUUCUCGAUUUUUUACUCAACCAUGUCUCUUACUCUUGAAGUUUUCAGUAUUCUUAUACUGUUCAUUUUCCGAUUAGUUUCUGCUGCCUCGGAGUCUGGUUUUCUUAAUCUCCCGUCGUAUCAACACUUUAUAUCAGAUAAAGAUCGACCAACUAAAUCACUCAGGCUAUCAAACCCUUUGAUUGGUGAUGAUCAGAAGAUUUACACAUGUCUGGAAAAGAACUUGAUGAUUUUCCAUAACACCGGCUCCAUUUCCAGGAUGAUACCUCUGAAUUACACAUGCAAUCUUGGUAUAACGCCAGUUCUUGGAGCUUCAAGAAAGAUAGUGUAUUUGGUUGCAGGGAACAGAGUUCUAAGAGUCGAUACUACCAACACCCGAAUUUCUAAAAAUGCUACACAAGUGUUUUUGGGUCCAGAAACAGGUGUAGAAGGGAUGAAUGAGAUUAUUGGGCUCUCAAUAAGCAUAACCAGUUUUUGUGUACUUGUGACUAUAAAAAGAACGGGACUCUUUGCUUACAGUUACGAUGGGAAACUAAGGUGGAGUACUGGACCUGUAAUUACUCAAUCAAAGAAGUAUCGCCAAGGUUGUUGGAAAAACUUCACAGACUGCUUUUUUGAUUCAGCCCCUGUCAUCGAUCAUUGUGAUGCUAACAUUUAUGUGUGGAAUAAUCAAGGGGAACUGUAUGCAGUGUCAAUUCGUAGUCCACAUUUUAAGUGGAUUCAGAAUCUUAGCUCAUUUGGGAAGAAUUUAACAGUUACAGCUGGAAACAAUGGGAAAGUGUAUAUCACUGUAGCAGAUAGAGCCAUUGUUCUUGGUUUAGAUGCUGGAACUGGAAGCGUUGUAUGGACGCAAAAUAUAGGGCCAUUAAGCACACAAGACCCUGAUCCAGUUGUUGAUAUCAGUGGUUGGAUAUCUAUCGGUUCAUUGGAUGGGUUUCUGUAUUCAAUUUCACCAUCUGGGACUCUUAAGAAAUUCCCAGAGAAAACUGUUAUAUGGAUGCAAAGAAUAUAUGUCAAUGAUACAGUGAUGGUAGUUAAUCCGGUUCUUGAUUGCUCUGGAUAUGCGGUUUAUAUUUCUCAGAGAAAAUUCGAGGGAAAGAUUAGCCAAAUCAUUGGUGAAUACACUUAUGUUUCAGCAGGGACGCCAUUGAAUGCCGAUUUCAAGUUGGUUGUUCCUACAACAGGAUCUGUGUAUUGGAAUGCAAGCUAUCCUGGUUCGGUGUCAAACUUAUUCUACGAGAGUGAUCUGAGGCAUUUUCUUCUUGAUGAGAGUGUACUUCUUGCUUUUCUUUCUGUUUCAGAUACUGGGAACCCAUUUCCAUGCUUUGGCACACAAGAGAAGCAUGCAUUAAGAUGUUCAAUGAUGGAAACCAAGCAUGUUACACUCUACACAGGCAAUGAGAAAGCAAUUAUAUUAUUUCUCUUCUUUGAAACAAUACUAAUGAUAGUACUAGUAGGCCUGGUACAAUUUUGUUGCAUAUUUUGGAUGAAAAAGAAGGUUAAAAACCAAGAUCUUGCCAAGUUCCUUGAAAAAAGAAAAUCGCUUCGGAUUCAAAAGAAAGUGUUUGAUAGGACAAUAACCGAGCUUCAGAAAAAAGCAGCAUCGAAUGAAGAGAUUGAACAACUCGGGGAUUUGGUGAGAGAAAGAGAAGACAUAGAGAGGAAGCUUUCCACCACUUACAGUUUAGGAAAAGAUACGACGACCCAAGAAUCAAAAUCCCUAAUUCCACUCUCUGAUAAGAAAUCCGGGAGCUUGUCUUUUAAAAGUGGAAGAAGGAAAGAAAGUAUGGCGACUAUUAGUAACAGUUCUUUGGAGGAUGAUAGCGAUGAUGAUAAUGAAGUUGAGGAAGGAGAAUUGAAGGGUAAGGGUUCUAUGGAGAUAGAAAGUUUUAGUGAUGAUGAGGCUUUAAACAUUGUUCAAACACAAGUGAAGAUUCUUGAUGAGGGAGAUAACCAGAGAGAUUUGCCAACUGGUGGUGGGAGUAUGCGAAGGAGACCAUUAUCUUUAAGAAGUACGAAGUAAGUCUGUAAAGAGAUCAUUAUCAUUCUGCAGAAGCUUCUUUUUGUGCUUCUUGAAUUUGUUUGUGUGUUUUUCAAGAAUCAUUGGGGAAUGGCAAGUAUUAUAAGUUUUUCAUUUUUAUCACCCAUUGUUAUUCUGUAAACGUUCCUAGGUUAAAUCCAUGUCAUCUUGAUAUUUCAUAAUUGUGCAUUUCUUAUAUUUGUGUUAAGGGUAAACGGUUAGUAUUAAUACAAUUUUAAUGAUAUUAUAGA